AUGCGACUGCUCAUCCUGCUCUCUGUGUUUAUCACCGCAGCCCUCGCGCUCGCUCUGCGCCCUCACCAACAACUCGCAUUCACGAAACCGCUCGAUGAUCUGUUCGCGACCGACUGGCACCUCUUCCGCCAUCUGGGCGGCUACUCACCCUGGAUCCCGCACAUCCACCACAAAGGCAGCCAGGACAACACAAUCAAAGACGGGGAACUGCCAGAGACGUGCACAGUCGAGCAGGUGCACAUGCUGUCCCGCCACGCCGAGCGGUUUCCUACUGUCUCUGUCGGAUUGAAGAUGAAGCAGCUCGUGCGGCGGAUGCGCGACGAGGCCGGGCCUGAGAUCUUCCCGUUUCUUGAUCGGUGGGAGCUGUUCUUCGACGUCGACGAGGCGACGGGGAAGAGCAGACAGCUAGAGCAGUUGACUGUGAGCGGGAAAUACGCCGGCGUCGACCGCGCACGCCUGGCAGGCGAGAAACUGCGCGGGAUCUACGGCCAUCUGAUCGAGCAGCAGGACUCAAACACCAGCGCGACGUCGAUAUUCUCGUGCUCGUGUGAUCGCGUUGUCGAUACGGCGGAUCAGUUUGCGACUGGGUUCUUUGGUAACGAUACUUCUUUCAACCACGUCAUCGUUCCCGACCGCGACGCUUCGCGCGGAGGGGACACGCUCACGCCGGUGAAGGCCUGCACGCGGUACCGCGAAGACGCGCUCGCGGGACGCCCGAACAGCAACACGAUGGCGGACCUCUACAAGCUCUCGUACUUGACUCCCACGGCCGAGCGCCUGCGGCAGAUCUACAAGAGCUUCGAGUUCAGCGUCAGCGAGCUGUGGACGAUGCAGGAGCUGUGCGGGUUUGACAUUCUCGCGACGGGCAACGAGGAUAGUCCCUGGUGCGCGCUGUUUACGAAGCGCGAGUGGGAGCAGUUUGAGUAUGCGCGCGAUCUGCUGCAUUAUUACCGGACGGGGCCGGGGACGCCGUAUAGCGAGGUGAUGGGGUAUAUUUACUUGAAUGCGACGAGCCAGUUGCUGAGAGAAGGACCGGAAAAGGUCGGCAAGAUAUUCUUGUCUUUUGCACACGAUGGCGAUUUAGUGCCGCUGAUUACGACGCUCGGCUUGUUCGAGCAGCACACGCCGCUGCCGACAACACACGCCGUGGACGACCGUGCUUGGAGGCUAUCGUCAGUAGUGCCAAUGGGCGGCCGCAUCGUCUUUGAGCGUGUAUCCUGCACCUCCUCCUCCUCCUCCUCCUCCUCCUCAGAGCAGACCGGCGUGCGUUUACUCGUCAACGACGCGGUGACAACAAUCCCCGGCUGCCACUCAUCCACGUCCGGCAUCUGCCCACUCUCCGACUUCCUCGCGCUCGUAGAAGCCAAGGGCGCCGCCGUCGGCAAGUUCGAGGACGUCUGUGGGCUCGGGACAGGUCUCGGCCGGCGCCCGUCGUUCCUGCACCACGGCGGAGUUCUAGAGCGCGAGUAA